GGCGUGAACAGCUCUCGCGGCUACCCCGCGCGCACCGUUUCCCGCAAGUCGCACGACAAGCCCCCUCCGCGCGCGUACUGACACACGCACGCACACGACCGACGAAACGCCGCACACGCUCUGAUUCGAGGCACACGCACGAGAUCACACGAUGUCCUCCGCGCACGCAGCGGCGGGCGCCGCACUCGCCGGCGUGGACGCCUUCCUGCAGCGGCUCGCGCUGCCGCUCGCGCGCGCGCUCGAUCUGCCGCACCUCCCGCCGAACUUCCCGCUGGUUGCGUACAGCGCGCUCGGCUUCACCGCCAUCCACGUCGGCGUCGCGCCUCUGCUCAGCCGGUGGCUUGCGCCGGAGAGCUACGGGAAGCUGAAGAACCGGCGGGCGAGGAAUAACUGGAACAUACACGUCGUCUCGCUCGUGCAUGCCGUCGCUGUCAUGGCACUCGCACUUCGCGCUUUCAACGAGCCCGCCCUAAUUGCGGACAAGGUGUUUGGGUGGCAUAGAACUGCAGAGGUCGCGAAUUCCGUCGCUGUCGGAUACUUCCUGUGGGAUACCAUUGAUGCGCUUGUGACUUUCACAGACCUCGGCUUCGUAUUGCACGGCCUAGCAUGUGUGGUCAUGUAUAGUCUGGUCUUCAAACCAUACCUUGAAUACUUCUCGUGCCGCUUCUUGUUGUGGGAGCUAAGCACGCCAUUCUUGAACAUCCACUGGUUCCUUGAUAAGACCGGCCGCACGGGAAGCACGCUCCAGCUCGUGAACGGCAUCCUUCUUCUCUCGACCUUCUUCUUAGCCCGCAUCGUGUACGGAUGGCACAUCAGCAUCACCUUCUGGCGCGUCAUGUUCACGCGCCCGGUCCGCGCGGCCAUGCCGCCCGUCUUCUGGACGACCUUCCUGCUCGGCCACGCGACGCUGACGCUACUCAACCUCAUCUGGAUGACCAAGAUGGUCCGCGCGCUGCGCAAGCGCUUCGACAACCCCGAAAACCUGGACAAGCAGCCUCUCCUCGGCUCGCCGACGGGCACCCAGGCCCCGCCGCUGCCGCGCCCCGAGGGCAGAGGCCCGAACUAUGCGGACACGGAUCCCGUCCAGGGCGCGACAUAGCCCUGGCCAUGGCGCCUUUUGCUACGACUCCUCCGAUGCCCGGCGAUGCUUUUACGUCCUUAUGUUUUCUCCGACUUCUGUAGACGACCUUCACUGACUGAACACCCCUCUCUCCGGCGGCCGUCUGAACGCUCGCUUCGUUUAUUUAUUGUUGUUUCGCAGCACGCUAAGUUGUACUGGGAUCGGUUGCGCUAUAUACUACUAUUAUUUGUUACAAACUAGUGUAGUCGAAAUUCCCGGAUGUGCAUCGGUUUCUUGGAAUAAUAGUGUAGCCCCCCCUAGUUUGCUCUCGUUGGCGUGUGUCGUUAGAAGAAGCGUUGGCAUUAGUGGACGUCAGCGUAUAGUUUCUGGUCGUAGCACAAGAUUUGAGGUGAGAGCACGAUGAAAAAGCUGUUCGAGCUAGGGGGGCGUGGCAAGAGGGUGAAUGGUCAGAUCUUCGGGGUGAUAGAGCGGAAACGUUUGAUAUAUGCGCGAGCGGCGACCUGAUAACAGACCAAAGGGGGAGACGCUCAGAAGUUCGCCGAGGGACACUUGCCCAGGAGCCAGAACGCAGCGAGCGACACGGCGACGAGGACGAGGACGGUGAGGGAGACGGCGACGAACGAGCCGUCGCGCUCUCCCGGCGGGACGCGGUCGACGUCCCAGAGGAUGGUCUCCUCGUCGACGAUGGGGGUGCGCGUCCCGCCGGGCGUGUACGGGCGCGCGACGCCCGCGGCGUGCAGCGCCUGUUUCUCGUUGGACGGCGGGACGUAGGACUGCGACGCGGGCGGCGGGACAGACAUGCUGGGUCCUUGCUGGUGACUGGGGUAG